UAAAAUGUUAUUGUGUUAAGCGCAGCGUAGUUGGCAUGUGCUUUUUUUUCUUCAAUUUAUUAAACAGUACCUGUACAACCGUAUAAUAAACCUAUUUUUAUUUAAUAAUUUUUGACUGAAAUGGCAAAAAGUUUGAGAAGUAAAUGGCGUCGCAAAAUGAGGGCCAUCAAGCGGAUCAGGUAUGGCGUUAAAGAAUUGGACCGUCUGAAGAAUAUGUUGGUGAAAGCCGGUGAAAUAAACAUCAACGACGACGGAAAAAUCGAACAUGUUUGUUUAGUUAAAGCCAAGAAAGAAGAAGAAGAUAAAAUGGAAAUCGACAAAGUGAAACAAUCCAACGCCAACAGUAUUGCAGAACCAACAAAAAAAACCAAAGUACAACAUCCAACGUGGCUCAGGAAAAAAGAAUAUAAGAAAUAUUUGAAAAGUUAUAAGAAGCAAAAAAUGCUCAACGCAAAACGAUUGAAAACUACUAAUAAAAAAUAACCAUUUUAUUGUUUA